CAGGAGGAGGAGGAUGUUAAACACUGAGGUGACACAUGUGUUCACAGAUCACUUGAACUCUGACGGAUUUUGCAUGACAGACAGAGAAAGGCUACACUGGGUGCCAUAAUUAACCUAGUCUUUGAUAUCAAUCCAAUCUUCAGCGGCCUGGGACAUGUUGAAUGCUUAAAAGGAUUUUGACUCACAUCCUCAAAAUACACACAGACAGACACAUAGACAGACAGACUCAUUAAGAGCUGACACUGGAGACUCCCUGACAACCUCCAAUCUGCUGCUCAGGAUGUACUGUAAGACAAAUACAGACAUCCAGUUCAAAUCCAACCUUAACAACCACCCAGAGACGACACCGUAGUGACUAUUAAAGGACUGCACGUUUGUUUCAGUUGCACCGUCUGUAAUGUUGUAGUGAAGGAGUGAACACAGACUCACAGCUACCCACACUCCACAUAUAGCUACAAUCACACAAGUAAAAGCGAAAAUGAUAGGUAAUAAGGUUGGAUCAGUGGGAAGGUGUAGCUCCAUUGAAGGCACAUAUAAAAUGGACUGAUGGAUAAAAGACUGACAUACUGACCCUGGUGCUGAUGAAUUUCAGUUGUUGUUGUUCAUUAAUUGUGAAGUAGAGCGGCAAAAUAUUGCAUAAUCUGCAGAAAAGUGUUCUGCAUUCCAGAAAGGAAGGGUUAUGAGUCGCCUUUAUGGAAAAGACACUUGAAGAGGAGAGAUUUGAAGGACGAGCAGAGGGUGGUACACAUGAACGUACUCUCACACUCAGACACAACAGGGACAAGACACACUGACACACACACACUAGGCGGCUGAGAGUUAAAGAAGUUUGGAACUGACAGAGUUUCCCCCAGAGACUUCACCACGAUGAUGGAGAAGCUUAACCCCACCAACCUACCUGCCUCACCACCCAACCUACCUCGCCCCUCCUCCACUUCCUCUUCCUCCGCCUCCUCCCCAUCCUGUGCCUCUGUGGAGCAGCACAGUCCUCUCCAGAACCAGACUGCAGCAUCUUCGGAUGCAAUCAACAGCCCACAUCCUUCUAAGAAAACAGGGCACAAGGGAGACAACGAUGUCCCUGCUGCCAGCUCGAUUCAGUCCCCCAUUGCCACGACAACAGUGUUAACCAAUCACCAUGCAGAUACAGAUGCUGCACCUGAGCCCAUCGUCAUGGAGAUGAAGCAGGAGGAGGAGAAGCAUGCAGGACCAACCACCACCAAUGCCACCCCUGUUGCUUCUGCCACCAGGUCCCCAACACUUUCCUCUCCACCUCCACUCCUCCCAGCACCAGCCAAGACCUCCCCGUGCCCGCUCCCUCGUCCAGCCUCCAUUGCGUCUUUCCCUCUGUCGUCAUCAUCCUCUCCUCUUCCUCCCCACAUUCCAGUCAUCAGCCUCGGCCACAGCAAACCCCCUCUCCCACUCCCCACCACCCCUUUGACUGCUUUACACCCAAUUCCCAACCUUCUGCAUGGGCCCCAUGUGGAUUUUCGCCGCAGCCAGCUGAACUGUUUGCCUGUGGCCAGUCCUGGAGGCCCUGGAGGUUCUGGAGGUCCAGGUGGCCCUUCAGCUCCUUCCCCGGGUCCCCUGUUGCCUCAGCAGUACCUGCCUGCACACGCCUUCUUCACCAGUUCUUACCUGGGUCCCUCAGGAGUAAACUAUGGUGUCAUUGCCAACAACCGGAUUAAGAGAAGACCCUCAUCACACUUUGAGAUGGAGAUCAAUGAAUGCCCUCCUCAGAAACUCGCUCGCCGUGUCUUCACCAACAGCCGCGAGCGUUGGCGACAGCAGAAUGUGAACGGAGCUUUCUCCGAGCUAAGAAAACUCAUUCCCACACACCCGCCUGACAAGAAACUCAGCAAGAACGAAAUCCUCCGUCUGGCUGUGAAGUACAUCAACUUCCUGGUCACUCUGCUCAAUGACCAGGCCCAGGACAAGAGCAUAGACUCAGUUGAGGAUGAAGCUGAGGAGGACAGCACCACAGCUGGGUUGGACAGCAACAAACUGAAUCCUCUCUUUCGGUGCGACACUCCUUCUCCAUCCCACACUGCCCCACCAUCCUCAGCCCAUUCCACCUUGGCCAUAGCCCACAGAGACAGAGAUUCAACUGAUUCAGUCAUUGCCCUGGCGAAUUCCCCAGCGACAUCUAGCUGCUAUGGCGACACGGACAGUGAGGAAAGCUUUGGGGCCAAGACCUCUAUAGUGACCCAUGGCAUUCUGGGAAAGGUUAAGGGUCAGAUAAGGAUGGUGGCAGCCACAAAUGAUGAGCGAUGACACCAAAAGACAGCAUACAAAAGGUGCGCAGCCUCUGGGAGUUUAAAUGUCACCUUGACGGAAAGGACUGGAUACACAAUUGAUGCCAGAUACCAAAGUGUUUGAGUCCAAAGAGCCAGUCUGGUUGUGUCUUCCACUCACUCAACACCCAAGCAGUGUGAAUAAGGAAGGGGUGGAUUUGUGGUGAUAUUUUGUAGUUUAAUUAGUUUAAACUUUCUUUUUCCAGUGAUGUGCAAAAAAUUCAGUGUGAGGCUCUGUGUUUUAGGAAAAUAGUGAAUUGUGCUCUGGGUCAGGUUGAACCUCAACAGAACUCGUAUGUGUUUUAUAUCCAAAAAGAUCACAAUGUUCCAGUGACAAAUAUUACAACUCUAUGUCAAAUAAUAGGAGUCCAGUAUGGAUGAAUGAUGCAACAGUCCAAUCUGAUUAUUCCAGGCUGGAUUUACCUGGUAACAAAAUGUGGAUUACUAUGUGUUAAUCUUUCAGGACAGUCACAAUGUUGAGUUAUCCCUCUGCACCCAUGAAAAUGUUAAAUCUUUCACAGCAGGGUUAAGAAGCUAAUGUUUUGUUCACAAUACAGCCUUAGAAGUUUACAUGUAAAUAAUCAGUAUUGUCCCAGUACAGUUAAGGUAACUGAGAUUACCAUAUACUAUAUUGUGACCCAUUGAAAUGCAUUCAUUAAUCGAAGUUGGAGUUCUUAAUGUUCCCGUUGUUCUUCUCAUUGUUCCUGUGUUCAGAGAAGCAGUGCUGAUGGUCCCACCCUGACAUUGUGACACACUUGU